GACUGCAUUUUGACCCCGCUGUUAUUGUUGAUAGAGCAUCAACUAACUAUCUCUCACUCACUCACUCACUACAGUAUCAAUAUUCAAGAUAUACCCUUUAAUUAUACUCGCAACUGUCUCCCAGCAUAAACCCCACCCAUCAACCCCUAACCUACCCCACGCACCAUUAUCAUGUCCGCUCCAAACCUCACUCCCACCCAAAUCGAAGCCUUCCACCGCGAUGGCUACCUCAUCAUCCCCAACGCCCUCGACUCCCAAACCGUAGCCGCUCUCCUCGCUGAGACGCACAGCCUCCUCGAGAACUUCUCCAUUGAGGAUCACCCCAUGACCCGCUUCUCGACCGGAGAGGGUGAGGGCGUGGAGCACGUGGGCGACGACUAUUUCCUGGAGAGCGGGGAUAAGAUCCGUUUCUUCUUCGAAGAGGACGCCUUCUCCCCCACCGGCACCCUCCAAUACCCCAAACACCGCGCAAUCAACAAAAUCGGUCACUCCCUGCACACCCUCUCCCCCCCCUUCGUCUCCCUCCUCACCCACCCCACCACCCCCCCCUCCACCAUCGCGCGCUCCCUCGGCCUCUCAUCCCCGCAAGUCCUCCAAUCAAUGGUGAUCUGCAAACAACCCGAGAUCGGUGCCGCGGUGCCACCACACCAGGAUAGCACGUUCCUUUAUACGUCGCCGCCGUCGGCGCUCGGGUUUUGGUAUGCGCUUGAGGAUGCGACGAGGGAGAAUGGGUGUCUUUCGUUUUUACCCGGCAGUCAUAAGUGGGCGCCUGUUGGAAAGAGAUUUGUGAGGAAGGGGGAUGGGAGUGGGACGGAGUUUGUUGAGAAUGAGGGACCGAAAUUCCCCGCUGGCCGGGGGGGGGCGAAGGAGGGCGAAGAGGAGGAGUAUGUUAUGGGUGAAGUGAAGGCGGGGUCGCUGGUGCUGAUUCAUGGGAAUUUAUUGCAUAAGAGUGAGAGGAAUACGAGUGGGAAGGGGAGGAUUAUAUAUACUUUCCAUGCUAUUGAGGGGGAUGCGGUGUAUGAUGAGAGGAAUUGGUUGCAGCCUCCUGCUUGGGGGUUUACGAAGAUUUAGGUGCGGAGUAUAUGGAUGGCAUGGUGGUGUACAUAGAAGGGAGAUCUGCGAAGCAGAAGCACGAAUUUAAGCUGGG